UAUCAUACGAACCGUUAUCACAGAAGUGCUGAGCUAGAUCAGAAAAUAAAAAACAACAAAAACCAUGUCGAAGAUGCGAAAGAGUUUAUGAACUUGAUGGUCGGCAGUAUCAUCAAUCGUUUACUGUUCUCUGUCCGAUUCACCGAGAGUAACCAGGAGGAGUUUUUCCGUUUGAAAUAUGAAAUGGACGAAGCAGGCAGAAAAACUGGUCUAACUGAACUGUUCGUAGCACCCUGGAUGAUGAAGAUACCCAUGGUUAAGUCAAGCUACGAAAAGUUCUUAGAACCAGUCAAAAACUUGUUGGAUUUUGUGCGAAAUCAAGUAGAUGAGAGGAAAGAAGCUAUACGGUCAGGAGAACACAUUAUUGUCGAUGAAGGUACUGACUAUGUGGACGCCUACUUGAAGAAAAUGGAAGACGAGGAGGAUAACUCUAACACCAGUUAUACAGAGAGCUCUCUCCUGAUUAACCUGCUGGAUAUGUGGAUCGCUGGGCAAGAGACAACUACAA